AUGGCCUGUCUUUCGAAGCCAGCAUCGACAGCCUCGCCGGACACCGUCGUUCAGCAAAUGUCCCGGCACGGUACCCCAACUUCAGCGAUCGGCCGUCUGGACUUGGACGGGUCUUCGAGCUCUUCCACGGCCAGUAUGCCCGCCCAAACCCGGGCGAUGAAGAAGCGCGAUCAAGGACAUGGGACUCGCCAAGCAGCUUCGAGCGGAGGAGGCCGCGACUCGCCGGCAGCAGCAGGCCCUUCCAGAACUAGCGGCACCAGAAGGACCGGCCAGUCCGCUGGAACGCAGGGACAACAGACGAGAGGAGGCAGAGCGCCAGCUACCCAAGCUGACGAUGACGACGAUGAAGACGACUCGGACGACGAUGGCAAUGGCGACGAUUCUGACGAUGGAGAUGCAAACGAGAACCUACAGCGACAAGCCGCCAUCAUUGUUUCAGAAAUAUUCUCGGUGUACACUCAUGGCCUGCUUACCCCAGCAGAGUUUCGUGGUAUUGCAAUCAACGGUGAUGCUGCGGGUACCGCUGCCAAUGAAGCAGACCGCAGUCUCCGCCAAGUAGCGAGGCUAGCCGUUACUACGAUCACCACCGUAGCAACACUCCAGGCCUACCGCAAUGCUGCACCACGCCAAUUCUGCCUGACGCAACUGGCCGACCGUCUUUCGAGGCGUCCCAGUCUCAUUGUCAGCCGGCUGGAGGAGAACAGACGAGACCUAUCCACAGGCCGAGACGUCCCCUCCACCAUUAGUGACUUCAGAGACCUCUUUGUCGCCAUCGGAGGCCUUUUUCAAACUUAUCGGCAGGUAAUGACCGCAGCGCAGCAGCAAAGACUUGUCCAGAUUCUGAUGUACGUCCUAAAUUGGAUCGGUCGAAACGACAACGAUUGGUACGCAAAUGUGGCCGCUCGCCCCUCGUACGCCAGCCAAGCCUCGUUCAACCCAUAUCGCUGCUUCUUGUCCGCACAAGCGCAGCCGGGUCGGUUCGUGGAUGUGCUUGCCGGAGCGCCGAUCGAAUAUGUUCAGGAUGAGAGCAACAGAGGUCCGCUGCAUGCUUUCUGCACCCAGGUGAUCAGAGAUGCGCAGGGCCAGGCAUGGGUGCGACAAUUGAGGCAGGUGUAUGCUGAUGCUUUUGGCUGA